GUUCCGGGUGUGGCGCGCCAUGCGCGGGCGGGCGGCGGCAGCGCCCGGGAGAGCGCCCGGGAUGAAGGCGGCCAAGAAAACGUCUAAAGGCGCCAGAGCGGCUAAAGCCGCGAAACCGAAGCGGGCGGCGAAGCAGCUGCGGGCCGUGGCGAAUCAGGCCGCGGGUACCGAGGCAGCACGGCGCGCCCGGCACCUGAAGGCGCUGAGCCGCGCGUCGGGCGCCGAGCGGGAGCUGGAGGAGCUGGUGUUCGGCGGCAGCCUCCCUGAGGAGGAGGACGAGCUGCUGCGGCGCCUGGCCGGGCCCCGACGGGUUGCUGCUGCAGAGGGGAAGGGCCUCCAGGAUGACUCUAGCGAUUCGAGGGUGAAGAAAAAAGCGAAACGCGGGUUACUGCUCAAAAAUCCCGCCUGGGUGGAUGAGGAUGACGAAGCUGAGGAAAUUGUUGAUAUGACCCAUAAAUACAGGAAAGAUUUAAUGAAAAGUGAUGCCGAGACAACGCUUACUAAGAAGAAACUAAAGAAAAGACUUGAGGAACAGUUUCAGAAUGCCAUGGGAGGAGUUCCUGCCUGGGCUGAUCUAGAAAACAGGAAGAAAUCCAAAAGGACUUUGAGUGAUAGUGACACUGAUGAAGAUGAUGAUCUGCUACGCAGGACUGGCAAUUUCAUAACCAGCUCAGAGUCUCUGCCAAGAGGGAUUUUGAAGAUGAGCACCUGCCCUCCUGCAAACCAGGAACGUUUUGCCAAUGGAAAACUGGUGACAGUGCAGUUUCAUCCUUCAGCUCAAGUGGUGAUGGCAGCUGGGCAUGAUCGCUCUGUGUCCCUCUUCCAGGUGGAUGGUAUAAGGAACCCAAAAAUACAGAGCAUCUAUUUAGAGAGUUUUCCAAUUUAUAAGGCUCGUUUCAGUGUGGAUGGAGAACAAGUUAUAGCCACUGGUACUCACCACAGAAUGUUCUUUGUGUAUGACAUGAUGGCUGGGAGUAUCAUCCCUGUCCCAAAAGUACGAGGUGUGGAGGAAAAAUUCCUCAGAAACUUCGAACUCUCUCCAGAUGGAUCAUUUAUGCUGCUAAUUGGAACUUCAGGGUACCUUCACUUGCUGUCCAUGAAGACAAAAGAACUGAUCAGCACUAUGAAGGUGAAUGGAAGAUGCACUGCCUCUGCUUUCACCCCAGACAGCAGUAAAAUAUACAGCUAUUCAAAGGAAGGCGAAGUUUUCAUUUGGGAUGUGAGAAGCAGAAGGUGUCUACACAAAUUUGAAGAUGAAGGUUGUUUGGAAGGAAAGUGCAUUGCUAUUUCAAAAAAUAACCAGUAUGUGGCAUGUGGUUCAUCUUCUGGAGUUGUAAAUUUAUACACCACUGAUGCCUGCCUCAAAGAAAACCAUCCUAAACCAGUUAAGGCCAUAAUGAACCUUGUUACUUCUGCUACCUGUGUGACUUUUAAUCCCACCACAGAGAUUUUGGCAGUGGCUUCCCGUGACACUGAUGAGGCUGUCAAAUUGGUGCACCUUCCUUCAUACACUGUAUUCUCAAACUUCCCAGUGUUCAGAAGAAAACAGAUUUAUCUUACUCAAUCUAUGGACUUCUCUCCCAGAAGUGGAUAUUUCUCUAUAGCAAAUAACAAAGGCAAAGCUUUGUUAUUUAGGCUGAAACAUUAUUCAUCCUUUUGAAAGAAGAUACAGGAGGAAAUGAACCAGUAACUGAGGUGAAAACAGCACUAGAACUGUUCGCAACAUUGACUUGAGGAGCCUCAAAAUUUUCAUUUUGCUGCCUCCACUUCUUUAGAGAUGGCAGGAAGAAUUUCUUAGCCCUGUGUGAUCUGUCCUGCCUGGUUCACUCUUGGGCUGGAGUAGGACUGGCCUUGUCACUCUCAGCUUUUCUGGUAAUGCAGAAAGUUGAUAGUUCAACUAAGAACUGCUGUCAGCUGGGCUGAGCUGAUUAUAUUUAAAUCAAACUCAGAAAUGUUGAUAAACAGCUGCAGGCUGGCAGGGACUUGGCUUGAUCCUGUUCUGGAGCAUUGUGAGCCCACAGAAGUCUGCAUAAUUUCAAAUUCCUAUUACAGGAAUUACUGAAGUUUCAAGCAUAGUUUGUGUGCAGAUAUGAUUUUAUUGUGCACUUAAAUGUCUUCUUGGGAAAUUGGGAAAACUUGUAGCCUUGACAAUAAUACACAAGAUUGACAAAAACUGUGUUAAUGAAAGGAGGCUGAAUUUGUUUAGGCUGGAAGCAGCUCUGACUACUGCAUGUUAAGCUUGCAUAGAAUUUUGUGAUGGCUUGGUGUUUGGAAAAUGCUAACAAAAUUAUCUCUACUGGUCUUUCCCCAGGUUUUGUAAUCUGCAGAUAAAGCGAUGCUGACAAAAUCAAAGCUUUUUUUUUCUUUUUUUUUUCUUUUUUUUUUUUUAUAUAUAUGGAAGCCUCAAAAUACUAAUAGAAUAUAUGUAUUUUUAAAUUUAUUUGUUUUAAAUAAAUGUACCUGGUAAAUUUCCAGGCAACUUGUUGCAACUUAUUCAAUGCUUCGUGUAAGCUCACAAGUAAGAUUUUAUUGAUUGGCACUCAAGCUUGUGUCUUCCAGAGAUGUUUGAAUGUCUUAAUUAUUAUUAGCAUGUGAAAUAUUCCAGUGCUGAAACAGAAAUUUUGUAGAAAAUGGCCUCUGCUUCAAACAUUUAGCAGGAGCUUUUCCAUCAGCCUGGUUCACUUGAGGCUGGGUUGGAAACAGCAUUUUGCUGCCUGGAGGAGCCCAGUCCCCUGAGACCCUGUUGAUGUUGGUGUUGCAGUUCAGCCCAACUCCCUCACUGCAGCUUCAAGGUGCCCUAAACCAAGAGGUGAAAAAAACCCACCCCAUUUAUGCUUUCCUGCCUCCUGUGUCACAGAAACAACUGCAUCUAACAUGAGUUUAAUUCUUAAGGAAGACCCCAGUCUUAUUUUUCUGUGAAAGCAAAGAAUCUUGGCUAUCACAUGAUUUUUAAAUCGGUGGUGGAAUUGUAAUACUAUCAGGGUCCCCAAGCAGGGACUAGGGUAGGGUCUGCCACUGCUUCAUCUGCUGCCAAAUCCUGCCCCUCUUAUCUCUUUCUGAAGUGGCUACCUCGUUUUCCUUAAAUUAAUGAAAAAAAAGGUUGAAUGGGGACCUGCUACAGUAAAACCCUGAUUUGAGAAUAAAUUGUGGCUCAUGUAUGACCUCUUCCCCACAAUGGAAUUUUUUGGGUGGUAACAGCUUAGUCAAGGUGCUCCAGUAACCAGCACUGAAGUAAUGAAGACUUCAGUGAAAGUGGCAUCCCAGAAGAUGUACUCUGAACUUGAGAAAAAUGUAAUUGUAUAACCAUAUUUGACUAUAGAUUUUGACUAUAGGAGCCCAUUGGUGAAUUCUUGUCAUGCUAUUUUUAAAAAUAAGAUACCCUGUGUUCAGAUAUA